AUGUCGGACGACGGCUACGACGAUGUUGGCGGCGGCGGCGACGAGCCUUUGUACGAGGACGACGAUGUCCAGGAGUACUACGAUCCCGAAGUGCUCGAGGGUGACGAGGAGGGCGAGGGCACCGGCUACCAAAACGGCGACGGCGAGGAGGACAUGGACAUUAUUGUGUCGGGCGAUCCGUCGGCGGCGGCGAACCAAAAGAACGGCGGCGGCGCCAACAGCGGCCAGAGUGGCGGCCGCGUCAACAAUGUCAAGUCGCACAAGGACAAGAAGAUUCCCAACGAGCAGCGGACGACGACGCCGUUCAUGACCAAGUAUGAGCGGGCGCGCAUCCUGGGCACCCGUGCGCUGCAGAUUAGCAUGAACGCACCUGUGUUGGUGGACCUCGAGGGCGAGACAGACCCGCUGCAGAUUGCGAUGAAGGAGCUGCGCGAGAAGAAGGUGCCUCUCAUCGUGCGGCGGUACCUGCCCGACGGCUUCUACGAGGACUGGACGUGCGAAGAACUGCUGCAGUAA